CUUUGACCUUAUCGUUUCCAUGCUGCUGGAAAAUGUAAACAAACAUUGAAGUGAAAACUACUACUUGUGCAAGAAAGACAUAAUACCUAAUACCUCGCAUUAUAUAAUUUUUACAUACUUUUUCUUACCUGUAUCCAUCUCUAAUAUGUCACAAGGAAGAAGUGUGUGGCGAAUGAUUAUUAAUAAUUUUAUAAAGUCAUUUAAAUUGUUACCCCCAGAUGGAAAACUAGUAGGCCAAGACCAUUUAGGAAAUAAGUAUUAUGAAGCUUCUGCAAAUCGCCAUUCAAUGAGAAAAGCAGGAAAUCGUUGGUUUGAGCCUAAAGUAGAAGGAGAAUGGCAGCAAAAUUUGCCUGCUGAAUGGGAAGCAUGGCUUCGAGGGCGACGUCGAGAUGCACCAACUGAAGAAGAAGUAAUGCAAAAUUUAGCACUUGCUCAAACGAAGAAGAUAAAAGGAGAUGAAAUUGCUGCUAGAGAUCAGGCUGCAUCACAUUCCAGUACUCUUGAAGAAAAACCAAGAUUUCCCAAAUUGGAAGAUUAUGAAAAAGAACCCGGACAAUUUUCUGAUAGAAAAACUUAUUAAAAUGAAUUUAAAUACAGAUAA